CCUACUUUUAAGAAGAAAAAAAUACAAAAACAAUAUGUGUUGUUUGUUUUCUCCCAGAUAAGUUUUAUCCUUAAAAAAUUAUGUCAUCCUUAAAAUCUUCCAUGUAUAUAUGUGGUCUAUAAUAAUUAGAAUAAUACUAUACUUGCAAAAGUUGAAAGUGACUUCCCAAUAAACUUCAUAGCCACUUGCGUUGUCAUCUAUUUACAUAAGUUUUUUCUUUCUUUCUUUCUUUCUUUCUAUAAAUUUAUACAUAAAACACUAAGUACCAAAAGGCUUAAUAAUAAUAAUAAUAAUAAUGGAAGUAAUAAACAGAUAUGUUACAAUUAAGAGUGAGAUUAAUGGGAGUCCAAAAGAGACAGAUUUUGAGAUUAAGUGUUCAAGUAUAAGUGUUGAGGUUGGUUCAAAGGAUGUCGUUUUGAAGAAUCUGUAUGUGUCAAUUGACCCAUAUCAGAUUAAUCGCUUCAAAACUCACAGUCCAAGCUCUCAAAACAGCACAACUAAUGCAAUGGCCAUAUCUCCCGGUCAGAUUAUUAGUGCUUAUGGGGUGGCUAAAGUAGUGGCUAGUGGAAAUGAUGAGUUUGAGAAGGAUGAUUUGGUGGUGGGAAUGAUUUGUUGGGGAGAGUAUAGUGUCUUCAAAGGAGACCAAUCCAUGUUCAGGAAACUCAACCCAAUGGCUUUGGAGUUUCCAUUAUCCCAUCAAGUUGGACUUUUUGGGUUUAGUGGAUUGACAGCUUAUUGUGGGCUAUUUGAAGUGAGCAAACCUAAAAAGGGUGAGAAAGUAUUUGUGUCAACAGCUUCUGGGUCAGUAGGCCACUUGGUUGGCCAAUAUGCUAAACAAUUUGGUUGUUAUGUUGUUGGUUGUGCUGGCACUAAAGAAAAGGUUGCAUUACUAAAGGAAAAACUUGGUUUUGACGACGCAUUCAACUACAAGGACCAACCUAACUUAAAAUCAACAAUCAAAAAGUACUUUCCGGAUGGAAUAGAUAUUUACUUUGACAAUGUUGGAGGUGAGAUGCUUGAAGCAGCAAUUGCUAACAUGAAACACUUUGGACGAGUUGCAGCUUGUGGAGUGAUAUCUGAGUACACAAACACAAACAAUCGUGCUUCACUAAAUAUGGUCGAUAUUAUUUACAAGAGAAUCAAAAUUCAAGGAUUUUUGGUGUCUGAUUUUGUAGAUAUGUUUCCAGAUUCUAUUUCAUUCACCAUGAAUCAUCUUCGUAAUGGUAGUCUCAAGACACUUGAAGACAUUUCAAUUGGUUUGGACACCAUUCCAAAAGCUUUUAUUGGACUCUUUCAAGGUACCAACAUUGGCAAGAAGAUUGUGAAACUAGCAAACGAAUGAAUUAAUUGAUAUAUGCAAAUAAUGUACUCAAAAUAAAAGAAGAUUGUGAAACUAGCAAACGAAUAAAUUAAUUGAUAUAUGCAAAUAAUGUACUCAAAAUAAUCAAAUGAACUUAUUUUGAAAACAA